CGCCGACGCAAGGUAGCAGAAACUUCUCUGUAAUUCAUCCGGAAUUCAUCGAGUGAUAUUAAACAGUACAUAAGCGGCCAUGGUGACAGUUGGUUGGUCGAUUAGUCGCGGUCGACAUUGACGGUUGACGGACGAGGAGCCAUGCCUACCGCCUCGUAAACACAGCUCGACGUUAGGCAGAGACACGUCACGAGCCACGAACGUGUUAUACCCUCGAUGUUGACGUUUCCUCGGGGUAUGUUGCCGCGAAACCGUGCGAGACAGUAAAAUGUUGUCGUUGCCCCUGGUCGAUCGAGACUAUAUGCUGACAAACAGGUGAAGAUGGAAGAUGACGCUGACCUCAGGGAACAGUUGUUUCACAACACCGUGCGGGAGAAUAUAAUAUUUUUGCUUCUUUUUUUGCUGUUGUACAUCUCGAGUUACGCACUGAUCGCACGCUUCAGACGCCGGGAUCGCGAUGAUUAUCUAUCGGUGGACGAGGAUGAAGCCACCGUAUAUAGGAUCAGUCUCUGGUUGUGCACGGUCGCCCUGGCGGUCUCCAUCGGCGCGACCCUCCUACUUCCGGUGUCUAUCGCCAGCAAUGAAGUGCUCAUUCUCUAUCCGAACAGCUACUAUGUCAAGUGGCUUAACAGUUCCCUCAUUCAAGGUUUAUGGAACCAUGUGUUUUUGUUUUCGAACCUAUCGCUCUUCGUAUUUCUGCCUUUCGCCUAUCUCUUCACGGAGUCAGAGGGUUUCGAAGGCCAUAAGAAGGGCGUGAUGGCAAGAGUAUACGAGACAGCAACAGUUCUCUGUCUUCUGGGCACUCUUGUACUAGGAAUGACUUACGUCCUAUCAUCUCUGUUAGAUGAUCAAAAUUCGAGUUUACACACGUUGCUCAAUUUAUGGAGUUACUAUUUACCUUUUCUGUACUCCUGCGUCUCGUUUGUUGGUGUAGUGAUGUUAUUAUUAUGCACUCCAGUGGGAUUUGUACGACUAUUUGGCGUGGUGGGAUCGUUUCUCGUUAAACCCCAGUUUCUGAAGAACCUGGACGAGGAGUUCUUUGCGUAUAAAUUAGAAGAAGAUUGUAUUCGCAGAAGAUUGCAGCAUGUGAAAGCGACGGGGAAAUCAUACGUAUCACCGGUGCCGAUGUCGUCAUCGGCGAGUUGCACCUCAUCGAUGCAGGAGGAGGAGGAUGAACCUCUAUUAAGAGUGAGUCCGGGUCUUCUGUGUCUGAGGAAUGGUGCUUUGCAAAAGGGUCUCUCUGAACGACUGAACGACAUCCAGAGGCGACGGCAACUGCUGGAUCAACAGCGGAGGACCUGGUGGGUUCGGCGCACGUUGCUUUACCCGGUGGCGAUGUUAGCAUUGCUCGUUUUAUCUACUGCUACGGCUCUACUGGCGGUGCAAAAUACAUUGGAAUUACUGAUAGGAAUCAAAGCACUGCCAUUGAGCACGAGGCAAUUUACGCUCGGCAUUAGCUCUCUGUCUAAGCUCGGACCCAUCGGCGCGACCAUUGAAGUAGCAGUGAUCCUUUACUUAGCCGUGACUAGCGCAGUCGGCUUAUACGCUCUACCGGGUGUAAAAAGAGUUCAACCCAGACUUCGUUCCACACCGCUCACCCAUCUCAUCGCGAACUGUGGCCUCUUGCUCGUGCUCAGUUCGGCGUUACCGCUGUUAUCGCGGAUACUAGGAAUGACAAACUUCGAUUUGCUGGGUGACUUUGGACGCAUCGAGUGGCUCGGUAAUUUCAAACUUGUGCUUCUGUACAACCUGAUCUUCGCCACAGCGGCGAUCGGCUGCCUGGUCACUAAGUUUACCGCGACCGUGCGCAAAGAGAUAUACACUCGUCUGAGAAGCAGCUUGCUAGGUAUUUUCAGAACGAACGUUAUCACCGACGCGAAGAAAAACUUAUCGUCGUCAGGGAUGUUUUCUACAAAGGAAGAUUAGACUGAUUUUAUUAUAUUAUUAAAUAAUUAAUAAGCAUCAGAGAAAGGGAGAAGAGAGAGAGAAAGUACAUCAGGAUCUUGUGAAAGUUCUCCUGGCUUUUAAAUUCUUGCAUGUGUUGCAAAUUACAGAAAACUCUCUGACCUUUCGAAUCAUGAGAGACUUGCUUCUCAAAUUUGGGAAAUUUUGAAUAUACUAAUCCUUUGAUACUCUUCAAUUUUUAGGCUGUCUUAAGGAUUCUUAUAUAUUUAUUAGAAUCUUGAUUACAUCGAGAUUUUCUAUAAUAUUUCGAGAAAGAGAUUCCGAAACUUUUUGUUUCUUUUAAAUUCUUAAAAAAUUUUAAUAUUGUUCAUAAAUAAAGUCUGAUACAUGUACGAGUGUCUGAGAUUGGCUUUUUCAAGAAAUUAAAUUUCGAGAACUCUCCGGGAUCACAUUGAAAUCACUGGUGAAUAAUUCGUCAAUGAUUUCAAUAAAAUUUCUCUUCUUUUUUUAAUCCCCAGACACUCGCAUGCUUCUGUCCUCGUAUUAUCGAAAAUCGAUUAAAAGAGCCAACGCAACUUUCGCGAGAGCCUAAAAAGUUUAUCACGUAAAGCUGAUUAAGCAAACGUUCUCAUUCUGCCUAGUGAUCAUUUGUAAUUAAAAUGCGCGUGGCCAGUUAAGGACAUAACCUGAUAAGGACAACGAGGCGGUCAUAGUAAAGCGCUAAAUAUUUAUUUAUUACACUAAUACUAUUUUUAAGAAUAUAUUUGCUUGGAUCCCCCCUCUGUGACAGGAAAGGAUUCAGCAUCGAGCGUGGCUGUGUUUCUAUAUGUGUAGUUGAAUGAAUUAAUUCACGAUAUAAGAAUUGUGAGAAGAAUACAUACGAUCAAGGAUAUCUAUGCAUGUGUGUGUGUAUAUUUGUGUGUGCACAGAGUGUUAAAAGAAAUUUAUAUCCAGGCAAGAAUCUAUUCUUCACAGGAAGAAUGUUCAUCGAUAAACAUUUAUUUGUCUUUAAACUCAUUUUACAAUCACUAGUUUCAUCACAGAUAGAAGAAAAUAAAUUUUCUAUUUAAAUAUAGUAAA